AUGGACAAAGACGUGUUACAUUGGUUGGAACAACAAAUGGAAGAAGAGCAACACACAACCAAUGCAACAUGGACCAAUACAACUAGUGCCAACAACAAUGGUUUGGAAGUUGAUUGGUACAUGAACAAUAUACCAAAUCUUCAAAAUCACACCCAACAACAAAACAAUGUUUGUCCAUUAGAUCCAAACACAUUUGGUCUUAUGCAACCUUUGGGUUCCUCCUCUUUGUUAUCACAACCUAAAUCCAACUUAUCCCAUUUACUUAAUACCAACGACAAUAUCGACAUCAGCACCACCACCACCACCACUGUCAACAACAAUGACAACAAAAAUCCAUUUGGUAGUGUUUUCAAUUUGGAAUCCCAAAGUGGUUUGCUAACUCCAUUUCAUAGGAAGCAAAUAGACUUAUCAACCCAAACCAACUCAUUAGCCAAGUUUCCUAUGACUCAUGCUGUUGGAUUUGGCUCAAUAGGUUUAGAAGGAGAAAGUUCCUUUGGUGGUCCAGGGCCUUCAAAUUCGUCGUUUUUUAGUAAGGCUGAGAUCUCGAGGCCUCUCAAUGAUUUUUCAGCAAAUUUUGUGCCAUCCACGAAUGAGAUAUGUUCUGACAUAGGAAAGACAAAUAAGUUUGAAUCAUUGCCGAUUUCGCAAUUUGCCUCAACAUGGCUGAAGGAGUUUGGGAAGAUGAGGGAGAAAGAGGGAAAUGAGGUGGUUGAGGGAGGAUUGAAUUAUGAAUCUAAUGAGGUGGUUGAUGUUGCGAAUAUGGAGAAUAAUGGUAGAAAUGAUUAUAAUGCAAAUAACAACGAUGGAGGCAACAAUAAUAAUAAUAACAUUGUGUUUAAUAAUGAUGAUGGUGAUGAAAAUCAUCGUGAUGAUGAAUGGGAGCGAAAAGUGAAGAAGAAGAAUAAGAAGAAGGAAAGGACAACAAAAAGUCUCAUGGCUGAGAGACGGAGAAGGAAGAAACUCUGUGAUAGGAUGCACAUGCUUCGAUCUAUUGUGCCAAAUAUAAGCAAGAUGGAUAAAGCUUCAAUACUUGGAGAUGCUGCUGACUACUUAAAAGAGUUACAACAAAAAAUUAAUAAUCUUCAAAGUGAAUUAGAGCCAAGCUCACCUGGAUUGUUCAAUGUGACACCCACCAUACCAACUCUUCUUGUUCCACUGAAAGAGGAAUUGUGUCAUAGCAAUGUGUCAAGCCCUAAAAACCAAUCAACAAAGGUAGAGGUUAGGGAAAGGGAAGGGGGAACUGUCGACAUCCAUGUGUCUUGCACCCACAAAUCAGGAAUUUUGCAUUUGACUAUGAUGACAUUGGAUAACCUCGGACUGGAUGUGCAUCAAGCUGUCAUAAAUUGUUUCAAUGGUUUUUCUAUAGAUGUGUUCAAAGCCAAGCAAUACAGAGAAGGCCAGAAAGUGCUUCCUGAGCAAAUUAAAGCAGUAUUGUUGAACACAUUGAGUUUCCAUGGCAUGAUGUGA